AUGGGGAACGCACAGGACAUUCCUAAUUCAUUCCGCCGUACCGUGGUUUCCCUGCAUUACAGGGAAAGUCCUUUUUCUGGGGAUGACGAUGAAGUAUCGCAACUUUGCCGAACGAUAUUCUGCACGCGUUUAACCGCUGACGAGUUUGCUUGUUAUUGGACUGCGGAAGAUGUCAGGCAGCUACGGCUCUACCACCCGAAUCGACUCGCCACCAUUUUAUUAUUGGCUAUGAGGCAGUUGGAGGACUUUGUUGCAAUCAGCAGAGACCCAAAUGAAAAGUGGGGUAACGACAAUCCUCUUCAGCACCCGGUGCGUAAGAGUACCUUUAGUGGCAGCGGUGCAACAUCUGGAAUAACGGAGGAAUCCCCGCGACGGAGCGCGAAACGCAGGCCGCCAGUAGACUUCACCGCUGCAAUCAACGCCCUUCGGCUCAUUGCGGGGUCGCUGCCGUAUUGUUUUGAAGAUAUCGACCUCUUGAGGGCAGUGGUGCAAAGUGACGAGGAAGAGGCAUCCAAGGACGAGCUCAACGUCAUCAUUACCUCGCAGCGCACGCGUGAACUUAUGGGAAUGGACGACCGAACGGAGAGUCCACUUGCCGCGGGUUUUGCCCACCACUUCUUUGUCCAAGGUGGUAAGUGCUUCAUGAACAACGAGCCAGGAGCACACCGAUGUUUCUACGCUGAUUUAUUAGAUGAAGAGAAACCUAACCCACCCACCACGCCGCUCGGUUUCCGUCUUGUCGAGCUACUGGUGAAACUUUUCUUCGUGCCCAAAUUCUCACAAAUGGAACCGAUGAAAAUGGCGCCGUCAAUGAUGGAGGAACUGCGGGGGAGCUUAGCUUAUGACCUGAAAUUGCUAUCUCUGACGAGAGCGUUGGUGCCUCAAAACUUCGGUAGUACCGAGGAUAUUAACGAAGACGAUGAGUGCUGGAUGUUUUCCUUUGAGGGUACUUAUGUCAAGGAAGCACGUAGCUUAGUGCUUCGCGCAAUUCUACUGACCAUCUCCGUACCCAUAUUUUACACGCCGUCAUGCCUGAGCGACGCGCAAAGCAGGGAGCCCCAAGGGAAUGAAGGCAGCUGCUCCCAUGAGUCGUCAGGGGUGAUGUAUGAGGAAGUGAGUGAUGUGAUGCUUAGUGGGCUCUUCGACGUAAACGAGCGACCCUUGUUGGUGAAGUUUUUCGUACUCCUCCUGCAUGUUGUGCGGUGCUGCCCGAAAUGGCCUGUCACGGUUCCUUCUCUCCGUGGAAUGUGGGCGGCGAGACCAACUCUCACAGCAGACAACGUUGACGUGCUCAGUCAUUCACUUGCAAUACUCGCCGCUGGUUUUUACACCGGUCCAUACGUUGCUUCCCAGCGGUACGUCCAUCGGGGAGAAAAGCCCGUGCGCGUGCCGAGCGUUCUGUAUGGAAUCAUGCAUCAAGUGAUUGGUUCGAAUUUCGUUCCGUGGAAGAUCUUACAGGGCACGGGACUGGAGGGAAUUCCUGCUUCACCUGUUGUUGCUGAUCCAUAUGAGGUGGGAUCGUCUGGAAUGGGAUGUAGCAGUGCCACGAAAGAGCCGCAUGAUUGUGACGGUCUACCAGAUUAUGCAAGGAGCUUUGCCGAUGGCGUGCUGGCUCUACUGGAGGCACCUUUGAUAGCAGGCAGUUCAAGCAUUCCGAAACCAGAGGCACCGUGCUCAUCGUUGGGUCUGCAUCUAAUGUUGUGGCUGUUGCAGCACAGCGAAGCAGCCAUUAACGCUGUUGGACGCAAACCACGAUUAUUGUUGGUUCUCGUACAGACUAUUCAUGUCGUCGGCACCCAAUACCCGAGUUAUCUUGGCGAAGGUCAAAUCGCAUUACUUUGCUUUCUUCGACUACUCCGGCACCAACCGUUUCUACGACUUCUAUUGGAGCACCUCCCCACGGAUGGAGACGCAGACCUCACACGUGAGGGAAAGGUGAACGCCACACAAUUUUUGCGUGAGCUCCGAGUCGCAAUGCCAACUUUACCGAAUAAACUUGUUAUCACGUCCAAUAUGAGCCCAGACAAGAGACGACAAAUCGAGUGGCAGUCAGACGAGGUGCUUUGCAUCCGUACAUACUGUGAUGUUCUUGUACUCACGCUGUGUUACGUAGUGGCACCCGGUUCCCCUUCUUGGUUCAGUAAUUUGCACAGAACGGCUGUCGAGGUGCUGCACACGCUGCAAGUAUACCUUCCUAAGGCAACAGGGCGGUUCCCGCUUGACGUUCUUAGUGAACACAUCGUGUUCGAGGUUGCCGGAAGUUUCAACCACAUCUGUUCCCCUCGUGUACUGAUGACGGGGGCUGACGCGCAGCUAGCCUGUUUUAAUAUGAUCAAGGCGGUUUCUUUUAUGCUUGAGGCAGCGAUUGCACACAUUAACGGUGGCAGCGGUGCAGCACUACUUAAAAAUCAGGAACAUGAGGAUGUGGAAUGCAAAGGUGGGGAAAGUAAUAUCGUGGCGCUUCUUUGGUUGCUGGUUACCCAAGGGGGGUUGUCAGAACUUACAAAACACAUACAAACACAGUUGGACAGCAAAACCAAAGCGGCUGCUGGUGGUUCCUCUUAUGCCGAGCCCUGCAGUGGCAAACUAGGUGAUGGUACGGGGGUGGGAGUUUUAAAAGAACUGUUGCACAGUGAUGAGUUUAACUUUCUUCGUCGUGUGACUAAUGAAGUAGCUCAAAAGUUAAAGGAUGCACUAGAAGAUUCAUCGGGAAGGGGCAAUGGGACAGAGAAAACAACAGAGGUCGAUAUAGAACCAUGCCACGAGGGGGAGAGAUGGAUGAAGUCAAGUGGUAAACGUCUCUGGUUUGAGCGUGAUGAUAAGCUUUUUCAAAAAGUGUUGGAAGUCGGUUCGAGCGUAGUAAAUGAGAAAGAACAGGAACGCCGUGAGAAGGGGAGGUUGGGAGGAGAAUUCGUCACUUCCCCUGUUGCGUUGCGUGAGGCGUCAGUGCCUUUUGAAGGUGCCGCUAAGCGAUGGCUGCUCCGCCAGUUGUGGGUGCAGGUACAUCGUCUGAACACCGGGCCACCAGUGUUUGAUUUCCGCACCGCCACCAUUAUCCGGGAGUAA